AUGGAAGGCAAAGAAGAAGAUGUUAGAGUCGGAGCCAACAAGUUUCCUGAGAGACAGCCGAUCGGAACAUCGGCUCAGAGCGACAAGGACUACAAGGAGCCACCUCCCGCUCCCUUGUUCGAGCCCGGCGAGCUUGCUUCGUGGUCCUUCUGGAGAGCAGGGAUCGCCGAGUUCAUCGCCACGUUUCUGUUCCUUUACAUCACUGUUUUGACCGUCAUGGGUGUGAAGAGGUCGCCGAACAUGUGUGCUUCUGUCGGAAUCCAAGGCAUCGCUUGGGCUUUCGGUGGUAUGAUCUUCGCUCUCGUCUACUGCACCGCUGGUAUCUCCGGUGGACACAUCAACCCAGCAGUCACGUUCGGUCUGUUCUUGGCGCGGAAGCUUUCGCUUACACGAGCUGUGUACUACAUAGUGAUGCAGUGCUUAGGAGCUAUCUGUGGAGCUGGUGUGGUCAAGGGGUUCCAACCAAAGCAGUACCAAGCUCUUGGAGGUGGAGCCAACACUGUAGCUCCUGGUUACACCAAAGGAAGUGGUCUCGGAGCUGAGAUUAUUGGAACCUUUGUCCUUGUUUACACCGUCUUCUCCGCUACUGAUGCUAAGAGAAACGCUCGUGACUCUCAUGUUCCCAUUCUUGCACCUCUUCCUAUUGGAUUCGCUGUGUUCUUGGUCCACUUGGCAACCAUCCCCAUCACUGGAACUGGAAUCAACCCAGCAAGAAGUCUUGGAGCUGCAAUCAUCUUCAACAAGGACAACGCUUGGGACGACCAUUGGGUCUUCUGGGUUGGACCAUUCAUCGGUGCUGCACUCGCUGCUCUAUACCACGUGAUCGUCAUCAGAGCCAUCCCAUUCAAGUCCAGAAGCUGA